UUGAUGUAUGUAUUGAGAAUAAAAUUAAAAAACUUGGUCACUUAAAUUAAAAAAGUCACAAACGAACACGAAUCUGGCGGCAAAAGGUGAGCUUCCGCUGUCAAGCUUCUACUGGGUUGGCCGGCCUUACCUUACAUGUUGCCUUCUUGCGAUCAAACUGAAAUGAAUCCUUUCUACUUCUAAUCCUUCUUCUACCAACUUCCCAAUCCCACAAUCUAUCAUGAACUCACAACCUCUCGCCAUUUCUCUCAUUUUCAUCCUCUCACUCCUCAUUUCUUCCUCCAAACCAGCCCUAUCUUCCACCGUCGGAGUUGAUGCCAUCUCCCGCAUUCUUCAAAUCCAAGACCGAGAAAGAGCUCCUCCGCCCGUCCAGGAAGCUGCCGCCCGCUCCCUCCUCACCCGAUUGCUGCCUUCCCAUUCCUCUUCCUUCCACUUCCGCAUCCUCUCCACGAAGCAAUGCGGAGGCGAAUAUUGUUUCACUAUCAGUAACCAUCCUUCUUUUGCAACACUAGGGAGUCCUCAAAUUCUAAUUGAAGGAACAACAGGAGUGGACAUUGUUGCUGGUUUGCAUUGGUAUUUGAAGAAUUGGUGUGGUUCACAUAUAUCUUGGGACAAAACUGGUGGUUCCCAACUAUUUUCAAUACCCAAUGUGGGGUUUCUGCCACGUGUUCACGAUGCUGGAAUCUCGGUUCGGAGGCCUGUUCCAUGGAGCUAUUACCAGAAUGCUGUUACUUCUAGCUAUUCUUUUGCUUGGUGGGACUGGAAAAGAUGGGAAAAGGAAAUCGACUGGAUGGCUCUGCAAGGUGUCAACUUGCCACUUGCAUUUACGGGACAAGAGGCUAUCUGGCAGAAAGUUUUCAAGGAGAAAUUUAACAUGAGUAUUUCUGAUUUGGAUGAUUUCUUUGGAGGCCCAGCGUUUCUCGCAUGGUCACGUAUGGGAAACUUACACGGGUGGGGCGGACCACUUCCACAGAGCUGGUUUGAUCAGCAAUUAAUUUUACAGAAGAAAAUUCUUGCCAGAAUGUAUGAGCUUGGGAUGACUCCUGUCCUGCCAGCUUUUUCUGGAAAUGUCCCCGCUGCUCUGAAAUAUAUAUUUCCAUCAGCAAAAAUAACACGCUUGGGAAAUUGGUUUUCUGUUAAGAGUGACCCCAAAUGGACCUGCACUUAUCUUCUUGAUGCAACCGAUCCCUUGUUUGUUGAGAUCGGUAAAGCAUUUGUUGAACAACAACUGCAAGAGUAUGGAAGAUCCAGCCACAUAUACAACUGCGAUACCUUUGAUGAGAACACUCCACCCGUUGAUGAUCCAGAGUACAUUUCUUCAUUAGGUGCAACAAUUUUCAAGGGAAUGCAGAGUGGUGAUAAUGAUGCUGUUUGGUUGAUGCAGGGAUGGCUAUUUUCAUAUGAUCCGUUCUGGAGACCUCCUCAAAUGAAGGCUCUUUUGCAUUCUGUUCCGGUGGGAAAUCUGGUUGUUCUUGAUCUGUUUGCUGAAGUUAAACCCAUAUGGACUACCUCAGAGCAGUUUUAUGGUGUUCCUUACAUCUGGUGUAUGCUGCACAAUUUUGCAGGAAACAUUGAGAUGUAUGGGAUAUUAGAUGCUGUAGCAUCUGGUCCAAUUGAAGCACGAACAAGUGUUAACUCAACAAUGGUUGGAGUUGGAAUGUCGAUGGAAGGUAUCGAACAAAAUCCCAUUGUUUAUGAUCUGAUGUCUGAAAUGGCAUUUCAGCACAACAAAAUUGAUGUUAAGGCAUGGGUUGAUUUGUAUUCAACUAGACGAUAUGGUAGACAAGUUCCUUUGGUACAAGAGGGAUGGAAUGUUUUGUAUCAUACUAUUUACAAUUGCACAGAUGGAGCCUAUGACAAAAACAGAGAUGUUAUUGUAGCAUUCCCGGAUGUGGACCCUUCCUUACUUUCAGUACAUAAUGAACACUCUCGUCCCUAUGCCAAGCCAAACUCAAGAGCAAUUAUCAAGGAAAUAACUGAUUCAUUUGAUCGACCUCACUUAUGGUAUUCAACAUCUGAAGUAAUUUAUGCAUUGGAGCUAUUUAUAUCUAGUGGAGAUGAACUUUCAAAAAUUAGAACUUAUAGGUAUGACCUAGUUGAUCUCACCAGACAAGUUUUAGCAAAAUAUGCAAAUCGGCUGUUCUAUAAGGUCAUUGAGGCAUACCAAUCACAAGAUAUCCAUGGAGUGACUCUACUCAGCCAAAGAUUUUUGGACCUAGUGGAAGAUUUGGACGCGUUGUUGGCUUGCCAUGAUGGGUUUCUUCUAGGUCCCUGGUUAGAUAGUGCAAUACAACUAGCUCAAAAUGAAGAACAGAAGAGACAGUUUGAGUGGAAUGCUAGAACUCAAAUCACCAUGUGGUUUGACAACACAGAUGAGGAAGCCAGUCUGCUUCGUGACUAUGGAAACAAGUACUGGAGCGGGCUUCUGCAUGAUUAUUAUGGUCCCAGAGCUGCUAUUUAUUUCAAAUAUUUAAUAGAAAGCUUAGAGAAAGGCAAGGUUUUCAAACUAAAGGAAUGGAGAAGAGAAUGGAUAAAACUUACCAAUGAUUGGCAAACCCGUAGAAAUAUAUUUCCAGUUGUAAGUAGAGGAGACGCUUUAAACACUUCUCGGUGGCUCUUCAACAAAUACCUCAACCUUAGCAAUCCUGAGAAACUGGAGAGCUGGACUGAAUACUAAUCAGUGAAAUUUUAAUGAACUGUUCUGUUAAAUUAAAUGUAUAUGAAUCCAAAACCAUGUUGUUAAGGUGGAAAAGGAAAUAAUGGUUUCCCAGUUGAUGCAAAAUAUGUAUAAUAAACUUGUGGAGACAGUUUUUUUCUUAUUGAUAAAAGAAUAGUUGAAUAAGGAUGGUCCUCACUUGAACAAAAUCAUAACCUAGAGACCAUGGUUCUGGUGUGAACAAAACAGUUGGGGAAUCGCACUAAUGGCCACAUGAAAUUUGGACCCGGAAUUGCUUUCGGUAGAAUUAUUCACUAAAAAAAGUAUGGUCCUAUUAUUGACUUUUCCUUUUCUCUUUUCCUAACAGCUAUAUAUCUUUUUUCUUGGGUUACCUAUAGUAUAUAGAAACCACCCAGAUGGGACGCAGAGUCUUCGAAGAAUAAGUGUAAAGCCGCCAAAGAACAAAAACGAGCCUACCAAUUCUAGACUUGAAUUAUAACGUAAGCGCAAACGUGUGUGUUUCAUUAUCUCUGUUGGUCCAAGUCCAAGUUUUUCAGAAAAAUAAAAAAGAUUAUCUUAGUCAAAUAAACGUGUUCUAGAAGGUUCCCAAAUGAGAAAACGAGUAAUCUUGUUGUGGAUGCCUUCAUCAAGUGUCAACGUCAUAACAUAGCUUAACCCAUGACAUUAAGAUUUUGGUGAAUUGCUUAACUUGCUUUGCCUUCUACUUUUAAAAUAUUCCUCCCUCUAGUCCCUAUAAAAUGCAACGAACCAGCUCUCAGUUCUUCAUCCUCAAAAACCAAUACCAUUCUCCCAGUGCUCUUAAGUCCUCAUUUGUUUCCCAUAUUUUUCAGCCUCCUCUCCCUUUAGCAAACUAAUUGAAUUGAAGAAAUGGGAUCUCAUGAAACAUCAUGGGCUGACCAAUGGGACGAUGGUCCUGACCCUAUAAAUGGUUCCAACCAAUCCAAAAAGAAGAGCAACAACGUGCUAGGCAAGACCAAGACAGUGGCAUCCACUGGUGUCAAGAAGUUGAAGGAGGGUACCUCUGUUGGCCUCCAAUGGAUCAAGACCAAGUAUAACAAAACCACCAACAAACAUUAAAAAUUACUUGUUUCUGUUCAACUCUUUGUACAUGUUAGUAAUCUUAAGUCCUUUGUUUUCAAUUCAUUUAUUCUUGAUGUGUGAGAUGCUAUAGUACUGUUCUCUGUAGGAGACAUGCUUGUAUUUUUGGUUCUAUUUUUUAGGAUUGUUGUAUUGUAUACUUACAUGAAGCUUGAUUUUUUUUUUAAUAUACUGUAGCUGUUUUUACUCA